UUGUUGGGUUUAAUCGUGUAGCAAUUCGUGGCAAUUUACGAUUUGUUGUGUAAAGUUAAUUUGAGAUUAAUGUGAAGAAAAUACAAUGGUUCAUCAGUUAUUUGCUACGAUAUCAUACGCUGAUAUUUGUUUAUUUUGAAUAAGUUAUGAUGUCGCUGCAUACCAUUUAAAAAUUAGCUGACAAGCUCUUUAUAUUCGACAGUGGAAGGCGGAUACUAAAAAUUAUCCGUGACAUAAAUAUAGUCAGCCAACCAGAAAAAGUGUUAACGUUUUGAUCUGGUGCACCAAUAAUUUUGAUCUUCACAGGAAUUCAUUGCAAUAAUAUUAUAUAUAAUAUGCCAGAUCGUCAAGCCGUUCUUCAACUGAGUCUUUUACUUCUAGCCUUACCUCUUCAGUAUUUUGUAUCUCGUUACAUGGCCACAUCUGAGACACAAAGAGAUUUCGCUUUUCGUAGUUUAUUAAGUAAUGUUGUUGGUUUUAAAAAUAGAUAUCUAUCCUGGCAGUCCUGGCAAAAAUGGUGUUUAAAAGUUUUAGAUAAAAUUCAUGCAAAAUCUGAUCAGCGUCCUGAUUAUACAGGUAAAAGUGACCCAAAUGGAGAAUCUCCGGCAUAUGAAGUUAUGAAAUAUAAAGAUCCAAAGGGAUAUUUUUCAAGUUCUCCUAUUCCAAGAAGUCCAAGAUCAUUGAAUGUAAAAUUUCGAGUGGGUCAAGUUAUACGACAUAAAAUCUGGGGUUAUCGAGGAGUAAUUAUAGGUUGGGAUAUAGAAGCUAAGGCUCCUGACAACUGGCUCAAACAAAUGCAUCCAAAAGGCAAAGAGCAUUGGAGGACAAUGCCGAACUAUUCAAUAUUAGUUGAUACGAGAGAUCGUGUUGAACCACAGAUAACAUAUGUUCCACAAGAAAAUAUAGAAGUUAUUAUGAAUACAAAGGUAAUUCAUCCAUUUACAGAUGAUUAUUUUGAAGGUUUCGAUGGUGCUGUGUAUUUAUGUCGACCAUGGUUGAAGGCUGUUUAUCCACAUGACAACUAAGUCUAUGAUUCUGUCAUAUCAUCAAUUAAACAGCUGAUCAUUAACAUUCUCAAGUUAACAGGGUUGAACACCAAUCAAGUCAAAAACCUCUGUCUAAUUACAUGUAACUGGUUGAAAACAAAACCUCUGUUUAAUUAACAUGUCCAAACCCCUUUCAAGUCAAAACGUAAAAGAAAAUCUAUUUAAUUAACCUGUCUAAAAUCCGAACGAGUCAAAAACAUCUGUGUGAUUAAAAAGUCUAAACCCUUUAAACGCUUUUUCUGGAUCAACCAAAUUAUGAAAUAGAUUAUCCGCUUGCUUUUUUCAGGAUCCGCCAAGAAUUAUUUUCAUAGAAUUACAUCAUUGCCUUGGAUUUGGUAUAUUUUGUACAUCAAUUAUUUAAUUUCUUGAAUCUAUUAUUUGAAUGGCAUUUAGUAAUUGGACAUCAAAUUAGACACUAUUUGUGUUUACAUGCUUCAUAACAAUUACUAUAGUUUAUUACACUAUGAUGUUAUUUGUAUUUAUAUGCUUGAUAAUGACUUGUGAAAUCUUGUUGAAACCUUGCAGUGUAAUAAAGUGUAGUAAUUGUUAUCCGUAAAUAGUGUCUUAUUUUAUAUGUUAAAUUAUGCAAUAAUAAGUUGCAAUAAAUGCCAACAUUGAAUAGAAAUUUUGAAACAUGAUUUUAACAGUAGUGAUUUAAGACUCUGAUUAUCAUCCUGGCAAUCUACAAUAUUGUAACAGUUGAAUAUUUAAUUAAUAUGAAUAUUAGUUCAAUAACAUUUCAACAUAAUAUGGUUUAAUAUAGUCAACACAAGCCAUUGCCAUCAUUGAUUUUUGCUGCAAUCUUUUGAUAGGCCUCUUUGUAAGCCAAUUAACCUAAAUCAGGGGAUUAUAUAUCUCUGAUAUUUUGGAUUUAGUUUGUUUAAUUAUCAAUGAGUACAUUAAAAAUUUUAGCAUGAAUAAGCCAUGAUCAGCGUCUUUUUAUGUAAUUUUUAAAUGUGACCAGUCAUCAUAACUGAAUAAAUGGUUCUGUUUAUUGUACAAAAUAGUCAAAUAGAUUAAUCUGUCCAAUAAGAAUAAUAAAUGUCUCUCUCCUUGCAAUGAAUGAAUAUCAGGCUUGAUAUAAGGGCAAUAACUCUAGUAUGACAUUAAGGUUGAUUUAUGUGUACAUGUUGUGUAAAAUCAAACUAAAAUCAUGUAUUAAUGGGUUGCUGAUCAAAUAGAAGGAUAUAGGUAUAACUGGUUGUGCAAUUAGAAAUAUCUUUUUAUACUAUUUUAUAGAUGUCUUCAAAAAGCAUUUAAAUUUCAAACAUGGUGACUGAAAUUCGUUAUGCUGUUUCGAAAAUAAAAAGUGCAGAGAAUCCCCCCCCCCCUCUGAAAUAAUUGAUAGAAUAUUAGUGUAUAUUUUAUUUGAGGUGAAAUGACUUAGCAAUCAAUAUGGGACAAGUGUAGACUUUCAUCAAAUUAAAUCAAGCGAAAUGUAUGACUGAAACAGCAGAUGUAUUAAAUGUAUAAUUAUUAUUUAGGAGCUCAUGUUAUUUGGGUAAGGAAUACAUGCAGUGGUUAAGUCUGUGUUUAUCAUGAAUAAUUAAUAAGUUUAUUUUACAUUGAUUAUUGCACACUGGGAGAUUGUUGGACAUGUGAAAUUUCAAUCUUUUAUAAAGAUUUAAAAAGAUUUUGUGUCUUCUUUUUAUAAAACCUAAAUCAAAAAGGUUUUCUGUGUUUUAUUGGAUAAUAUCUCUUACUUUAAUUAAUUGUUUAAGUUUUGUUGUUUUUGUCCAUUAAAUUAUAAUAAAUUUUGAUCAUUCUUUUCAGUUUUUUUUUUUACUUACUUUAUUAUUAUGGCUUCUGUUUUCUGUGAUAAAUUAGGUAUGUGUUCAUUUUAAAUUGAUAUAGUGUUGUAUAUAGAUUUCAUUAAGACUUGCAUAAUAGAUUAAUGCUCACAAUAAUGCUAGUCUAUAGAAUAAUAAUUUAAGGAUGAAAUUUGAUAUUUACGAGUUUUUGACAGGAUUUGUUUGUUAGGGUACAGAUGUAUAACCUUUUUGUGACUUUACAUUUUUAGAGGUUUAUUUACCAGUCACCAUGGCAACCAGUUAUAAAUGGAUGGAAAAUGGCUGUGAUCUACUAGCAGUCUUUCUGUGAAAUAAUGAUUAUUGUUGUACCGAACAUUUCCAUCGGAUAAAAGGCAAAUCUGUGUUGAACAAGGUGACAGACACCAGCAGAUUUGUGCCUGAAUUUGUGUCUGACAUUGUCUCUGACAGGUGCAUUAUUUCCACCCAGGUUGGGAUGAUCUAUCGGGUUAGGAAAUGAAAGGUUGAUAGUGUCAGUUUAUCAGUUACAAAGUUUCUGAUCAUCAUUUCAGGGUUGUUUAAUCCCUUGCAAACAGCAAAUCGUGAAAGUUGGAUUUCUUAAAAAUAUCCGACCAAAAUUGGAGAUGAAAAUCCAAACCUGUUGGUUACUAAAUAUUUCAAGUAAAAAUGUUAACUAAACCCCCCUCACCAGGAGUUUCCUACCUGUUUCAUACUGUUAGAGUUUACACUUUAAAUAUUUUAAUUUAAAUAACAAUAAUAAUAGCACAUAUUGUUAUUUCAGAUAUUUUUUCUCAAAUUCAGUCAAUUUAGAUAAUUAAUUUUAAUUUUGAGUAAUUUACCCUGUGGAUUAGCAAAAUUUACUGUUUACUGUUGGUUGGGAAGUCUUGCCAUACUCAACUCCAUAACCAACCACUAGUGCACUUUAUUGAUCAUGGUCUUGGGUUUAAUUUUUUGGGGUUUCAUUAUUUCUGUAAGUCAGUUUUCAGUUUUUUGUUUGUUUUUAUGUCUUGGGGUAAAGGGAGAUAAUUACUUUUGUAUGUAAUAUAAAAUAUUUAUGUAAAAUUAUUAUAUACAUUUUGUAAAUUAAACAUGUAAAUAAAUAAAUCUGUUGUUUUUGUUUAUAAA